AUGUUAAGCUUUUUGAAGGCCGAAAGCCUUCAAAACUAUGUCAAACAGAUGGAUGAUUUGGUCAACAAUUUGUUGCUAAGAGAGACCAAGGACAAAGACACUCUUGCAACCGUGAUUUUCAUGAAGAAACUCACAAUCACUUUUUCAUGCACCAUUCUCUUUGGCAUUCAUGACGAGCUCACUACGAAAGCUUUGUUUGAUUAUUUCACAGUAACCUUUAAAGCAUAUUUGUCUCUUCCUAUAUACUUCCCCGGCACUGCUUACUGGAACGGUUUGCCAGCAAGAACUAGAAUAAUUAAUAGGCUUCCGCCGAUUAUUAGAUGA